UGUAUUUCUCGGCCACGUACCCCUAUGUGAUGCUGAUGAUUCUCUUCUUCCGCGGAGUGACGCUGCCCGGGGCUCACGAAGGCAUUUUGUUCUACAUCACUCCUGACUUCAGCCGCCUGUCCGACUCCGAGGUGUGGCUGGACGCAGCGACUCAGAUCUUCUUCUCCUAUGGUUUGGGGCUCGGCUCGUUGGUGGCUCUCGGGAGUUACAAUCCAUUCCACAACAACGUUUACAGGGACGCCGUUAUCGUGUGCUGCAUAAACUCCACCACCAGCAUGUUUGCCGGCUUUGUCAUCUUCUCCAUCGUGGGCUUCAUGGCCAACGUGACCCACAGGUCCAUCGCUGAUGUGGCAGCCUCAGGUCCCGGCUUGGCGUUCCUAGCUUAUCCUGAGGCUGUGACACAGCUGCCGGUUUCUCCUCUCUGGGCCAUCCUCUUCUUCUCAAUGUUGCUGAUGCUUGGGAUCGACAGCCAGUUCUGUACGGUGGAAGGAUUUAUCACUGCGUUGGUGGACGAGUUUCCGAGUGUGCUUCGAGGGAGAAGAGAAAUCUUCAUUGCGGGGGUCUGUGUGGUCUCCUAUCUGAUAGGUCUGUCCAACAUCACCCAGGGUGGUCUGUAUGUCUUUAAACUUUUUGACUACUACUCAGCUAGUGGGAUGUCUUUGCUCUUUCUUGUUUUCUUUGAGACCAUCUCAAUAUCUUGGUGCUACGGAGUCAAUAGGUUCUAUGACAAUAUGGAGGAGAUGGUCGGGCACAAACCCUGCGUCUGGUGGAAGCUUUGCUGGUCUUUCUUCACUCCGGUCAUCGUGGGGGGCGUGUUCCUCUUCAGUGCUGUGCAGAUGACGCCGCUCACCAUGGGCAGCUAUAUCUUCCCCAAGUGGGGCCAGGGUGUGGGCUGGUGCAUGGCUCUCUCCUCCAUGUUGCUGAUCCCAGGUUACAUGGGAUACUUGUUCCUGGUCUCCAAGGGCUCCUUAAAGCAGCGCCUGCGACUGAUGACCCAGCCGACGUUAGGUAGCAAACACCAGGAGAACGGGCCCGAGCAGCCAGAGCGCGGCACCACACCCACAGAGGAGGCGUAUAUUUAGCUUAUUUAUUGUCCGUCGAGGUACUAAUACUGGCACCAGCCAGGAAGUGUGAGACCAAGGACUAGAGUUACUGUAUCGUGCACCUCCCUCCUCCCCUCCCUCCGAUAUAACAAAGCCACGUGUAAGGCUCUCAGCCUCUUUUGAUGUGCCUCAGUGUCCCGCAAUUUGGCGACGGCUGAAUUUUCCUAUGUUUCGCAUCAAAAGAGGUCGACUGUUAGUGUUUGUAAACUGCCCGUUUCUCCCUCAGCAGCAGCUCACCCUUACUCCGCACCACCCUAUUAUGGUUUUCUUUCUGCAAUAAAAUUAUAAAUUCUUCUAACAGCCCUUCUCCACUUUACCCCCCACCCCCCAGGUCGGUCAAUCACCCCCAAACAUGUGUGGUUUUUUCCCACCCCUCAAAUGACUCCCCCCACCCCACCCCCGUCUCAUUUUGGGCCUGAAAAUACAGUAACUACACUUUAAUCAUGUGACGUUGUGAAACUCAGAGUGACCUCUUCAGUCACGGAGACUCACGAGAUUACAGUGUAGUGACUGUGUAUUUUCAGGCCCAAAUUCGACUCAGUCUCAGCCCAUGGGACCACAUAACAGGGCUUAGAAUUGUUGCCAAUUCUUACACUCAGUCUUAAUCCGAAUUGAGACCGGAUUUAAGGAUUUUCCGUAAUUCCGUUCAGUCUGCUAUGUUAUGGCUACAUUGUCUCUCAGCAAAGUUUGGGUGAGAUGUGAGGACAGGAGGUGUGAGGGAGAGCGAGAUACAGCCCAACACCCCCACCUGGCACUCAUACUCACAGCUCUGCUUCUCCUCCAGUUUCUAAACACAAACCACAGUCCGACUCCAAUACAAACUUCCUCGUCAGACCCUAAAAUCCUAACCAAUGGCUCCUCUGCUCUCAUCCCAUUUCAACAGGAAGCACAAAGCACAAUCCCAGCUCCAAAUACACCCCCACCAUCCAGCCCCCACCCGCAGCUUGCAACCCCACCCUGCAACCCUAGCUCCAGACCCUAACCCCUGCCCCCAGCCUGCAACCUACCUACCCAGCCCCAAACCCCAGUCCCAAACCUUAGCCCAGCUCC